AUGACGAUCAGGGCGAUAGAAAAGCUGUCCACCAGCCAGAACGGCCUCGGUGCCUUCAUCCUCCAGUGCAAGCGGAUGGACAUCCACUACUGCGACCACUCGGGCAGCUCGAGGGGCAUGAACGCCUUCAUCAAGCACGGCCUGCAGCGGUUCGCGGCCGCCCACCCGCAGAUCGAGUUCGCCGUGUCGCCGCGCCCGCGCAAGCACCCCGUCAUGGUCGGCCACUACAUCAACGGCAAGCAGAAGUCCAUCUGCGUCAAGAACAUGGAGGCCUCGCAGAUCCUCAAGAAGGCCGAGCUGCUGCGCGACGCCAGCGGCGACAAGGUCAAGCGCGUCAACAAGCCCGUCACCAGCGUCAACGAGAGCGUCAGGGGCGUCUGGUCCCCCUACCACGGCGACGGCAUGGCCGUGUAA